AUGGUGAUGGUGAUGGUGAAGGUGAUGAUGAUGAUGAUGAUGAUGGUGCAAGAAGAUGUGGGGCUAUGGGAAAAGGACGCCGAGUACCGAAGAAAGGGAGCCACCUCAGCUUUUGAGGAAAGAAAAAGUAGAGGAUUCAGAGAAACCCCAAGAGAAUUGAGAGGAUUCAGAGAAGCCCCAGGAGAAUUGAGAGGAUUAAGUAGGAUUCGCGUAGGUGCCAGGAGAAGAAGCAAACGAUUCAGAGAAGCCCAAGGAGAACUGAGAGGAUUCAGUAGUAUUCGCGUAGGUGCCAGGAGAAGAAGCAGAGGAUUCAGAGAAAUCCCAGGAGAAUUGAGAGGAUUCAGAGAAGCCCCAGGAGAAUUGAGAGGAUUAAAUAGGAUUCAUGUAGGUGCCAGGAGAAGAGGCAAAAGAUUCAGAGAAGCCCAAGGAGAAUUGAGAGGAUUCAGUAGGAUUUGUGUAGGUGCCAGGAGAAGAAGCAGAGGAUACAGAGAAACCCUAGGAGAAUUGAGAGGAUUCAGAGAAGCCUCAGGAGAAUUGAGAGGAUUAUGUAGGAUUCGUGUAGGUGCCAGGAGAAGAAGCAAAGGAUUCAGAGAAGCACAAGGAGAAUUGAGAGGAUUAAGUAGGAUUCGUGUAGGUGCCAGGAGAAGAAGUAAAGGAUUCAGAGAAGCACAAGGAGAAUUGAGAGGAUUCAGUAUGAUUCGUGUAGGUGCCAGGAUUCAGAGAAACCCAAGGAGAAUUGAAAGGAUUCAGUAG